CCGCAGCGUGUGGGACCUUCCCGGAUCAGGGCUCGAACCCGUGUCCCCUGCAUUGGCAGGCAGAUUCUUAACCACUGCGCCACCAGGGAAGCCCCAGCCUUGGCACUUUGGAUGCUUUGGGGCAGAUAAUUGAGAGAUGGGGGAGAGCUGUCCUAUAUAUUUUCGGAUGUUUAGAAUUAUUCCUGUUUUCUACUCCCCAGAUGCCAGUAGCAUACCCCUGCUGCCCCAAUUUUAACAAGCAGAAGUGUCUCCAGACACAGCCUGGUAUCCCCUGGAGAACAAAAUCACCCCAGUUGAGAACCACUGGUGUACAGGACCAUGAUGAGGGCACACCAUGAACAUUUUCAGGGCGUGAGGGUGGGGAGGAGAGCAAGGGGGCUGGAUGAGAGAGGUGAUAAAGGGAUAAUGUUUCUGAGAUGAGAAGAAAGGGUGUCCAAAGCCUGCAACAUGGGUAGGCUCUGAGAGGCACUCAUUCAUUGAGCAGUCAGAUGCCUGCCAUGGGCCAAGCACCUUGCUAGUCAGGAUGGACCAGGUUUCUACUCAUUGGAGCUUGCAUUUAGUAGAGAGAUGAAAUUAAAUUUAUAACAGGUGGCAGUAAUUAUUUUGAAAAGGAAAGCAGGGUGAAGGGAUUACAGGGUGACUGUGGGUGCUGUUUUCAGUGUCGACACCCAGGCUUCCCAUGGGCAUCUCAGUCAACUCCAAAGCCAAGAAUGGCCACCAUCAGUGACUCCUUGGAAUCCUUUGAUCAGGGAAUCUAAGGAUUUGGCUUUUCUCCUCCCCAGUGCUGAGGUCUGGACUCUUAACAGGGAGAGGUCAGAUCUCCAGCCCGCGACUGAGCCUUGGAGACUGGAGCAGUAGUUCUAAACUAUGGCCUUGCAUAGAAUUUAGAAAUCUUAAAAGAUAAAAAUAAGACAUGCCUGGACUCCAUCCCCAGAGAUUCUGACUUAAUGGUUCUGGCAAGGGGCCCAGCCAUCAGUAUUUAUUAAAAAGCUCCCAAGAGAUUCCUGUGUACAAACAGGGUUGAGAGCUACAGCUGUGAGAGUUUGUGGGCUUCUCUGGGGCUUCUCAGAAUGAAAGAAAUUAAUUCUGAGUGCUUUCAGUAUCUUAUCAAAGGCAGUCCCUACAGCUGCACUUCCCUGCAAUAGGGACAUUCCUAGCCCCAUCCUACAAGUGAGGAAAUCAAAUCUGUACCUGUGCCAGCAGAGCAAGGGCAGGUCUGGCAUUCAGAUGCAAAGCUUAUGUUUUCUGCUAUAGCUGGGCUUGGGUCUUUGGAGAAAGUACCUUUCUAUAUCCCCGGCCUCUGGGGCUGGCAAGUUCAGGAUAGAGGUGAUCUUAAAAUACUAGAUAGGUGGUAUAGCAAAAACAAACUCUGGCUGAAUGGAAGCAAUGUGUGGGUGCAUUAAUGGCUGGCUUUCAGUUAUGUCAGGUCCCACCCCAAUUCAACACCCAGCACAGGCCCCCAGGAUCACAGGGGUGCUGUGCCCCAAGGGGAGGCAUGGCCACUGUCCAGUAACUCUUUAUUUUAAUUAAUUUAUUAUUAUUAUUUUUUGGCUGCAUUGGGUCUUCGUUGCUGCACGCGGGCUUUCUCUAGCUGCGGCGAUCGGGGGCCACUCUUCCUUGUGGUGCACGGGCCCCUCAUCGCUGUGGCCUCUCCUGUUGUGGAGUACCGGGCUCCAGGUGUGAGGACCUCAGCAGCUGUAGCAGCGGGCUCUAGAGCGCAGGCUCAGCAGUUGUGGCACACGGGCCCAGUUGCUCCACGGCAUGUGGGAUCCUCCCGGACCAGGGCACAAACCCGUGUCCCCUGCACUGGCAGGCGGAUUCCUAACCAUUGUGCCACCAGGGAAGUCCCUCCAAUAACUCUUUAAGCUUGUUCUCAUCCAGGUUCUAGCCAUCCCUACCUUAGGAGCAGGAAUUUAGCUUUGUGCUAAAUUGCAAAGCCCCUUCCCACCCUAAGGUAUGGGACUCUGGAAGAGAGGCCAGGUUUACAGCGCUGCCCUGACGUGGUGUGGGAUCCAGCCUCUUUAUUUGUGGUGGUGAUGGUGUUUUGAAAAGCACUGUGUGAGAAUUCUUACUUCGGCCCUCUUAGUGUCAGGCUUCCUUGAUGAUGCGUGGUGUAUACUGAAUUAAAAAGGAAAAGAAAGGCAAGAAAUAACCGUGUGGCUGUUGCUGAAGAUAUCUCAUGUAAACUUUUAACAGCUAAGGGUGAAGCAGGUUUUGUUUACCCCAUUGCACAGCAGUGCUGAGUCCCUUGGAGAAAAUUAUUUUGUGGACAAGAAUCGUGCUCCUUCAACUUGGGGUGUGUGUCAAGGGCAAACAGCCAUGAGAAACCACAGGAUGGAUGCAUUGCCGCUUCCUGGAGCAAUCCAUUGUACUUGAGGAAUCAGAAGAGAAGAAUCUGCCCCACCUUCUCAGCACUCUGCCCCUCUCCAAAUUGAAACCCUCAAGGGGGAGGAAAGGAUGCCUGCUGCACGCGGGAAAUCCAAGUCCAAGGCACCAGUCACAUUUGGGGAUUUGGCCAUCUACUUCUCCCAGGAGGAGUGGGAAUGGCUGAGCCCCAUUCAGAAGGAUCUGUAUGAAGAUGUCAUGUUGGAAAACUACCAGAACUUGGUUUCUCUCGGACUUUCCUUUCGGAGGCCAAAUGUGAUCACCUUAUUGGAAAAAGGGAAAGCACCCUGGAUGGUGGAGCCAGUGAAAAGACGCCGGGGCUUGGACUUACGGUCUAAAUGUGAGACCAAGAAGUUAUCUCCAUAUCAGUGCAACAAAUCUGGGCAAAGCAUCUAUCAGAAAGCAGUUUCUGCACCACAAAAAGUUCCCACAGGAAAGAGAGGCUGCAAGAAAAAUUCAGUCCUAAUAAAACCCAAGAAAGUGCAUUCAAAGAAGAAAUCUCUAAAAUGUAACGACUGUGGGAAAUUCUUUAGUCAAAGCUUAUCUCUUAAACUUCAUCAGAACUCUCAUACUAGAGAGAAGCCUUAUGAAUGCAGUAAUUGUAGAAAAGCUUUCAGACAGAUCUCAUCCCUUAUUCUUCAUCAGAAAAUUCACAAUGGAAGGAAAAGCUAUGAAUGUGAUAAAUGUGGGGAAAGCUUCAUUCAAAGAACAACCCUUAUUUUACAUGGGAGAAGUCACGAUGAAAAGGAAAUCUUUGACUGUGGGAAGACCUUGAGUCAAUGCCAAUCUCUCAGUAUACAUCAGAAAAUCCACCUUGUCCAAAAUGUCUACCAGUGCAGAAAAUGUGAGAAAGGCUUCAUUCGAAUGUCAUCUUUUUUACUUCAUAAGAAAAUUCACAAUGGAAAGAAAAUACAUAAAUGCAAUGAAUGUGGGAGAGGCUUCAGUAAGAAAUCAGUCCUUGUUAUACAUAAAAGAAUUCAUACUGGAGAGAAAACCCAUGAAAGUGAGAAGGCCUUAAGUCAGAGUUUACAGCAGCGAAGUCACCAUGUAGAGAAUCCUUAUAAAUGCAGAAAAUGUGGGAAAUUCUUUAAUAGGAUUUCAUCCAUUAUGCUUCAUCAGAGAAUUCACGCUUCAAAGAAACCCUACAAAUGUGAUAAAUGUGAGAAGAUAUUCAUGCGGCUUUCAACCUUUACUCUACACGUAAGAAUUCAUAAUAGAGAGAAACUAUACAGAUGUAAUAAAUGUGAGAAGGUCUGCAACCGGCAUUCAUCCCUUAUUCAACAUCAGAAAGUUCAUACAAAGAAAAAGAAACUGUUUGAAUGUAAGGAAUGCGGGAAGAUGUUUUCUGGAAUUGCCAACCUUAAAAUACAUCAAAACAUUCAUUCUGAAGAGAAACCUUUCAAAUGCAAUAAAUGUAGUAAAGUUUUUGGCCGCCAAUCAUUUCUUAUUGAACAUCAGAGGAUCCAUACUGGAGAAAAACCCUAUCAAUGUGAGGAAUGUGGGAAAGCCUUCAGUCACCGAAUAUCUCUGACUCGACAUAAGAGAAUUCAUACUGAAGAUAGACCCUAUGAAUGUGAUCAGUGUGGGAAGGCCUUCAGUCAGAGUGCACACCUCGCCCAACAUGAAAGAAUUCACACUGGAGAGAAACCAUAUACAUGCAAAACGUGUGGGAAGGCCUUUAGCCAGCGUACAUCCCUUAUUCUACAUGAAAGAAGUCAUACUGGAGAGAAACCCUAUGAAUGUAACGAAUGUGGGAAGGCAUUUAGCAGUGGCUCAGAUCUUAUUCGGCAUCAGAGAAGUCAUUCUUCAGAGAAACCCUAUGAGUGCAGUAAAUGUGGGAAGGCAUAUAGUCGGAGCUCAUCCUUGAUUCGACAUCAGAAUACACAUUCUGAGGAAAAGGCUUAAGAUUGUUUUAAGUAUGUAAAAGCUAAGAGGGAGGCUAGCAAAGUAGCAGAGACACAGGCAUGGGAAAACGCAUUUGUCUAUAACAUAAAUUGUGUAAAAAUGGGACAGUUUGAUGGUGUGUCCCACUUUGAAACCCAAAGAGCAAAAGUCAUUGGUGAUUUUGACCUGAGUAUUUGAAAUCAACUGAGGCAGUGACUUUAUCACAGGUCUUUGUUUCAAAAUAGCAAGCUCAGAUGAUUGGAUCAGUCAUUUUUAAUGAAGAGCAUUCUUCAUUUGAUAAAAAUAACUGGUACUUUAUUUCCAAUGUAAUUUUAAAGCUAUUUCAUUGGUUAUGUACAACAAAGUGAAUUGUAAAUCCAUUUUUCUGGAUGGAGCUGUGAGCCUGAUUUAAGGUCACAUGAAGGAAGAGUUUGAGUUUGUCCCUUAGAACUAGAAGUAUCACACAGAAGGGAUUUCCUCACAAACCAGGGUGCCAUUUUCAGCUGGCAGAAACUUCUGGUUGAGAAUAAAGAAGAUUGAGUAAAGAUAGCACUCAUAAUUGUGUGAAGCAAUAGAGUCAUUACCAUACUGUCUCUAUGGAUAUGAAGACAUAUGAUCUUAAUGGUGUGAAAAAUCUAACAAGCCUGGGAUAAGCUAAUGAGGAAAAAAAACCAGGAUGUAUUGAAGAAUGAGGAACUUCAGAACAAGGAGAAA